GUGGCGAGCUGGUCUCUGCAGUAUACAACCUCCUUCAUUGUCCACUACUUCUUCACAGUGCCAAAACCUCUGGGAGACGUGCCACCAAUAAUGUCUAUAAUCAUCAUGGAUAUUCCUCCUAAAAAUAUGGAACCCCUCUCAAAUUAUAAAAUCUCAAUAAAUAUUUUAGGGAGAGAUAAAGGCAAAGCACUCCCACUGCAGCGGACAACAGAGUGCCUCCACGUGACACCACCAUGGAGCCUGGCACUCUCCAAGCAAUCUCUAUACUUCAGAGAGCUGAACUACAGGGAAAUAGUACAGGCAUUGCCUUCUAAAGAGGACAUUGUCUCAAUGUUGGCAAAAUUGGAGGCUUCAUUUCAAGGCAAACUCUCUGCAUUGUCGAUGGACAUCCACCAUCUUGGACAUCAGGUAGGGGACCUUGAGGAGGACAGAUAG